UGUACGUCCAUGUAUCCAUGUGUCUUGUCCAAUUCAGCAAGUAGAUGGCGUCUUCCCACAACACAGGCAUCUCAUCCCUCCAGAAGAUAGCUGAGUCACAUCUCCACGCGCGCUCACUGAAGACACUCACGAGGCUGUAUUUCGCGGGGUGUCGCGCUCAAACAAGAUGCUGACGAUCACUCUAAAGACCCUCCAGCAGCAGACGUUCAAAGUGCAGAUCGACGAGGAGCUGACGGUAAAGGCUCUAAAAGAGAAGAUAGAGGAAGAAAAGGGGCAAGAUGCUUUUCCAGCUGUCGGUCAAAAGCUAAUCUAUGCAGGCAAGAUUUUGAAUGACGAUAUACCUCUAAAAGAAUACAAGAUAGAUGAGAAGAACUUUGUCGUGGUGAUGGUUACAAAGCCCAAAUCUGCAGCACCUCCAGAAGCUCCUGCUCCCGAGCCAGCAGCUGCCGCUACAGUUAGCGCAACUGUCAACGAAACACCUGCACAUCAGCCCUCGACUCCUGCUGCGCCUCCUGCUGUCUCCACAGUGCCUAUAUCGACCUCCACUCCUGCUCCCGCUCCCAUAGAACCAGCGGCAUCAGCGGAGCCACCCGUGCCGCCCAUCACAGCGCCCCCUGCUGCCUCGGAGGCUGCGGCAGAAAAGCCUGAGCCUGUUAGCGUGACUCCCACUCCCAUCUCAGAAGAAGAGAAACAGGAAGCCCAAGAGGAGCAGGCCAUUGCCCAACCAGAGGCCAGCAUUACAGAUGAAUUUGGUAUUUUAGAAGCAGCUGCGUCCAUACUAGUUACAGGUCAAGCGUAUGAGAAUUUGGUGACGGAAAUCAUGUCAAUGGGCUACGAGAGAGAACAGGUGAUUUCCGCCUUACGAGCAAGUUUCAACAAUCCGGACAGAGCUGUGGAGUAUCUGCUUAUGGGUAUUCCCACAGAACCCGAGCAGCCACCACAGGAAGUAGUGCAGCCCACGCCAGUGUCCAACCCCACCCCUCCAGCACCACAGCGACCUCAGCCACCACCUGCUACAGCCGGUGUGGAGUCGGGGGCGGCGCAGACCUUGGUGAACCCGCUGGAGUUCCUGAGGAACCAGCCACAGUUCCAGCAGAUGCGUCAGAUCAUCCAGCAGAACCCUGCACUGCUGCCAGCGCUCCUGCAGCAACUCGGCCGCGACAACCCACAGCUCCUGCAGCAAAUCACGCAGCAUCAGGAGCGAUUCGUGCAGAUGCUGAACGAGCCACACGCAGGUGAAGCUGGAGCUGCUGAAGCUCCCAGCGCACCACAGACCAACUACAUCCAGGUCACGCCGCAGGAGAAGGAGGCCAUCGAGAGGUUAAAAGCUCUGGGGUUUCCAGAGGGACUCGUCAUCCAAGCCUACUUUGCCUGCGAGAAGAACGAAAACCUCGCUGCGAACUUCCUGCUCCAGCAGACCUUUGACGAUGAGUGAACGUUAACCGUUUAGACGCGACGACACUCUGAGAAUGGCAACGGAGAGAAUGCAAGCGCUAGGCCACAUGUUGCGUGCGUGUGUGUGUGUGUGCGUUAAAGUGAAUUGGACGUCGACUGGUCUUCCAUGAUGAUUUUCAUGGAGUUUAAGCUGAAGCCAUUAUGUGACGUUAUUAUCAGCACAGCUAAUUUUUUUUUUUUUUUUGGUAGAUAUAGCCAAUCCCUUACGAUGAGGUGUCCGUUGUCUGUCUGGUUUCUGCUGCUAUCUUUGCUGUGUGCUUCGAGGGAGGUUUUAUUUAUCACAGUGAAACCCUGCCGAAAAACACUCAAGGUCAUCGCUCAUUUCUUACAAUUGUUUGUCGGUAUUAAAAUUGAGACAUUUCAGACGAAGUAGAUGCCAAAUUUAAUUUGUUAACAAUGAAAACAAGCCUUU